GUGGCGUGAAUGUCAAACCCAUACCGUAGUUCGUCAGCCAGCGGUAGUUCAUCGCCCCCGUCUGAGACGCCUUCCAACAAUACUUCUCCUGCCAACGUCUCCGCCCCCCUCUGGCAAUCCAAAUCUUCGGAUGAAGCAGAUUCCCAUAGUACACAUUCACGAGAAACUCCAAACAGAAUGCCAGUAGAUUUACCUCGUGCAAGCUUGACAGGCAGGGGGGGAUGCUGGUGCGCACCACUUCUUCCCAGACCGUUCCAUUUGCUAACGCAUCCAUUCCAAUUUCCAAUCGUAGGACAUGUCGCCUCCGAAGAAAGAAAUGUGACGAACAACGAGAGGCCAACUCCUGUCAUACCUGUAAACGCUUGAGAAUAGAUUGUCUCGGAUGGGGAUCAAGACGCCCAGAAUGGAUGCGCGACAAGAAAGCCGUCGAAGAUUACAAGGCUGGCAUCAAAGCUCAGCUAACACGGGCUGGCCUCAUUCGUGGUCAGCCAAAAUCAUCGAUAUUGCAAGCCAGUUCAGCGGGUCCAUCAUCUACGCCAGCUUCUUCAUCCUCCGUGUUCCCUUCACGACAGUUUCAACCAUCUGCAACUUCUUCGGCGUCUUCUCGAGUCAACGAUUUGGGAAUGCCAGCGUAUGUCGAUUCAUUGAGCGACCCAACCGGAAUGUCCGUUUUUGGUGCGUUUUUUGUCAUAAGAGAAAUCAACCUUAUAGCGACUGACACCCCAUCCUCAGGUUCAACAUUGAACUCACCUCAGAUCAUUUCUGUUCCCUCUGUACACGAGAGAUGGGAGCUUUCAGCGUUCAAACCACAAUUCCCCCUUCAGCCCUUCCGGCUCUCUUCCCUCAGACACAUCGCCCGUGUCAGAAUUGCACUUUAAUCCUGACUUCGACACCGCCACCCAAGACCUGUAUAACUCUCCAAUGUUAUCGAUACCAGACGAUGGCUUGCAAAUGGAGCACAUUUUCUAUUACUUCGAGCAUGUUCGGCAGUUGCAGUAUGCGUUUGCUGGCAAUUCUGUAGCAAAUACAACAUAUUCACUUGUAUUGAAACAUCCACAGGGCUCCGUGGCAAAUGCUAUUUCCGCAUUGGCAUCAUUGCACUUCAGUUUAAUUCGUAUCGCCCACGGCUUUCGAGGCGCCAAACCCCACCCUGGAGCACUCACCGGCAAUCCGAUUU